CCUAUGAACUCUGAACAGACCGCGUAGAGUUUUUUCCGCAUUUGGUAUAUGAUAUUAAAUCCCGAGACUUAUUUAUUUCACUUUCUGAGUCGUACGUUCUGAUUUUUCUUCCGGCUUUCAUCGAAAUGCAGUUCGUGGAUAUUCUCCUAUAAAAGGCCAUACAACAUUCAUAAUUUCUCCCCUCUCACUAUAUCCUCUCAAACUAUGGAGCUAAAUGAGGUGAAACAAUAUUCUACGUCCCCUCAAAAUCUACCAAACUACAAUUUCCCUCCCCAACAGAUCGUCUUCUCACAUUCAACCCCGAAAUUUGCCUCCUCCGCUGACUUCACAGCAUUCUCCUUCAAUGGUCUCUUCCUCCCUGACUUCCCAGCCACAUCCUCCAUCAGCAACUCGAUCCCAAGCUUCGACGUCCCUGACCCGCGAGAUCCUCACCAUCAUGGCAUUCCCCUUGAAGUUGCUCAUGACAGGAGGCUGAAGAGAAUGAUCUCGAACCGUGAAUCAGCGAGGCGGUCGAGGCUGAGGAAGAAGAAGCAGAUCGAGGAUCUGCAGGGCCAGGUGGACCAUCUCCGAGCAGCCAACAACCAGCUGUCAGAAAAGCUCAUCACCCUGCUUGAGACGAAUCACCAGAUCCUCCAGGAGAAUACAGCAUUGAAGGAGAAGGUCUCUUCCCUCCAAGUGAUUGUCGGUGACCUGCUGGCCCCCCUUAGAGGCGUUGAGGAUGUUUCCAACCGCGCCAACUAUCUCAAGUCUGAGCCUUCAAAUCACACCCGCUAGGCAAUAGCUGAGUCGUGACUGUACUGCAAUUUCGACUUUCAUUUUGCUCCAAGAAUCACAAAUUUGGCAAGCAAGCAAAGGAAGGCCGACGCUUCAGAGCACUGGGCUGUUCCUUGAUAUUCAAGAAACAAGCAUCCCGAGAAGCAAAUCGCAUAACUAGAAUCUACUAGUGAGGUUUUUCCAUAAAAUUCACUCAAGACUCCCUAGUUUUUCCAUCCUGGAUGAUAGUUCUUCCUUUCCCUUCCUCGCUAAUGCUAUAUCAGUCCACACAUCCCGAUCAUUUCUUCUCUAAGUAACAGAUCUUGGAGUAAGAUAUGAUUUUCCAUUUUCGGGUUGAAUGUCACGAUCUGUAAUAUUCUGUCAAGA